AUGAGUCCAAUAGCAUCUCUUCUGUUAUCAACGGCUGGCCUCGCUGUCCUGGCAGCAGCCGCUUCGUCGCCCAUUACUACAUUUGCCAACAAGGUCAUCUUCACGCCACCGAGCACGUAUACCGACCCGCGUGUGCUUUAUCCACGUACAGUCGAAUUGCGUGACGGCACCCUGCUGGCUACCUGGGAGAACUACUCGCCGGAGCCGCCGGCCGUCCACUUCCCCAUCUACCAGUCCGUCGACAACGGCAGCAGUUGGUCCGAGAUCUCGCAUGUCACCGACCAGACGAAUGGCUGGGGACUGCGAUACCAGCCUUUUCUGUACGAGCUGCCGGCCGACGUUGGCCAUUUCAAGGCCGGCACGAUUUUGUGCGUCGGGAACAGCAUCCCGACGGACUUGAGCCGCACGCAGAUUGAUGUCUAUGCAAGCACUGACCACGGCCAUUCGUGGACGUUUGUGAGCCACGUUGCCGCCGGGGGCAAGGCACAUCCGGACAAUGGGCAGACGCCAGUGUGGGAGCCGUUCCUUAUAUACUACCAAUCCCAGAUUAUCCUCUACUACUCCGACCAGCGUGACCCCAAGCACGGCCAAAAACUCGUGCACCAGACGUCGACGGACCUGCUCACGUGGGACGCCACUGUCGACGAUAUCGCGUACACCGACUACAAAUUGCGCCCGGGCAUGUCGACCGUUGUGUUGCUGCCAAACAACCAGUACUUGCUGACGUACGAAUACGGCGGUGCUCCGGGCGGCUUUCCGGUGUACUAUCGUAUAGCAGCCGAUCCUCGAGCGUUUUUUGCGGCCAAAGAGCACCCUCUUGUUGUGGGCAGCACGCGGCCGACCAGCUCGCCAUACGUGACUUGGACUCCGUACGGCGGCAUCAACGGCACCAUCCUUGUCAGCGCCUACAGCCAUUCCCAGGUCUUCAGCAAUAGUGCACUCGGCGACGAGACCAAGUGGGAGAUGCACAAUGUCGCACAGCCCGCGGCAUACACACGCACGCUGCGGGUGCUGCAGAACGAUCCGGCAAAGGUGCUGAUCAUGGGUGCCGGGAAGCUACCGCCGAGCUCGACAAAUGCCGUGAGCUUGAGUAUCGUGGACCUAGGAAGAGUGUUAGGACGGAAAUAA